GCGGGCGGCCCGGGCCCAGGAUGAAGCGGCGGAACGCCGACUGCACCAAGCUCCGCCGACCCUUGAAGCGCAACCGGAUCGCCGAGGGCAUCUACGGCAGUACGUUCCUGUACCUGAAAUUCCUCGUAGUGUGGGCCCUUGUAUUGCUGGCAGAUUUUGUCCUGGAAUUCAGAUUUGAAUACCUGUGGCCAUUCUGGCUUUUCAUCAGGAGCGUCUAUGAUUCCUUCAGAUACCAGGGCCUGGCCUUCUCGGUAUUCUUCGUGUGUGUCGCCUUCACGUCGAACAUAAUAUGUCUGCUGUUCAUCCCGAUACAAUGGCUUUUUUUCGCGGCCAGCACGUACGUGUGGGUUCAGUACGUUUGGCAUACAGAAAGGGGAGUGUGCCUCCCCACGGUAUCGCUGUGGAUACUCUUUGUGUACAUUGAGGCGGCGAUCCGAUUUAAAGACCUCAAAAACUUUCACGUGGACCUCUGUCGGCCCUUCGCUGCUCACUGUAUUGGGUACCCCGUGGUGACCUUGGGCUUCGGCUUCAAGAGUUACGUCAGCUACAAGAUGCGGUUGAGAAAACAAAAAGAGGUGCAGAAGGAGAAUGAAUUCUACAUGCAGCUCCUCCAGCAAGCACUCCCUCCAGAGCAACAGAUGCUGCAGAGGCAAGAAAGGGAGGCAGAAGAAGCUGCCAAAGGAUUGCCCGACGUGGAUUCCUCACUACUUCUACACCACAACGGAGGCAUUCCUUCCGGGAAAAAAUUGUCCACGACAUUGCCGGAGCUGGAAUACAGAGACAAGGGGAAGGAGAGGGACAAGGAGGCGAAAAAGCACAACCUUGGGAUAAAUAACAAUAUUUUGCAGCCCGUAGACUCUAAAAUCCAAGAAAUCGAAUAUAUGGAAAACCACAUCAACAGUAAAAGAUUGAAUAACGAUCUGGUCGGGAGCACCGAAAACCUCUUGAAGGAGGACUCAUGCAGUGCCUCGUCCAAAAACUACAAAAAUGCCAGCGGGGCGGGGAAUUCGUCCCCCCGGGGGCACAGUGCCGCCAAUGGCAGCAUCCCGUCCUCCUCGUCCGGGAAGAACGAGAAGAAACAGAAGUGCACCGGGAAGAGCCCGACCACGCACAAGGACUUAAUGGAAAACUGUAUCCCGAACAACCAGCUGGGCAAACCAGACGCCCUGGUGAGGUUGGAACAAGACAUAAAGAAGCUGAAGGCAGACCUGCAGGCCAGCCGGCAAGUGGAACAGGAACUGCGCAGCCAGAUCAGCUCCCUGACGGGCAGUGAGCGGGCCGUCCGGGCCGAGAUCGGCCAGCUCCGCCAGGAGAACGAGCUGCUGCAGAACAAGCUGCACAAUGCCGUCCAGAUGAAGCAGAAAGACAAGCAGACCAUCAGCCAGCUGGAGAAGAAGUUGAAGGCCGAGCAGGAGGCCCGGGCCUUCGUAGAAAAGCAGCUGGCGGAGGAGAAGAAACGGAAGAAGUUAGAAGAAGCCACCGCGGCCAGGGCCGUGGCCUUCGCGGCGGCCACCAGGGGGGAGUGCACGGAAACCCUGCGGAGCCGCAUCAGGGAGCUCGAGGCCGAGUGCAAGAAGCUAACCCUCGACAUGAAGCUCAAAGAAGACCAGAUCCGAGAAUUAGAAAUCAAAGUGCAGGAGCUGCGAAAAUACAAGGAAAACGAGAAGGACACCGAGGUGUUAAUGUCGGCCCUCUCAGCCAUGCAAGACAAAACACAGCACUUAGAGAACAGCUUGAGCGCAGAGACCAGAAUCAAGUUGGAUCUCUUCUCCGCACUAGGAGACGCCAAGCGACAGUUGGAGAUUGCCCAAGGACAAAUCAUUCAGAAAGAUCAGGAAAUCAAGGACCUAAAACAGAAGAUAGCGGAAGUCAUGGCAGUGAUGCCAAGCAUAACGUACACUGCGGCCACCAGCACCCUGAGUCCCGUGUCCCCCCAUUACUCUUCCAAAUUCGUGGAGACCAGUCCGUCCGGUCUCGACCCCAACGCCUCCGUGUACCAGCCCCUGAAGAAAUGAAUGCCAGCUCUUCUUUCUGCCCAGGAAUUGCGUCCGCCCCGAAGGCAUCACCGAGGAGUGUCCUCUCGCAGUCAAGAUUUAAAAA